AUGGAUCCCGCGGCCAGCAGCUGCAUGCGGAGCCCCCACCCCCCGGCCCCCGUCUGGGGCUGCCUCCGGAACCCCCUCUCCGAAGGCAGCGGGGCCUCGGGGCUGCCCCACUACCCGCCCACCCCGUUCUCCUUCCACCAGAAGCCAGACUUCCCGGCGGCGGCGGCGGCGACGGCAGCGUACCCCGACUUCUCGGCCUCCUGCCUGGCGGCCACCCCGCACAGCCUGCCCCAGGAGGAGCGGGUCUUCGCCGAGCAGCACCCCGCCUUCCCACAGCCCCCCGACUGGCACUUCCCCGGCUCAGAGGCCCGGCGGAGGCUCACCCCGGGCCCCACGGGGGGCUGCAGGGACACGGGGGCCAGCAGCCCGGGGCUGGUGGACGCCGCGGGAGGCCCGGCAGAGGACUGCGAGGUCUUUGGGAGCACCGCCAGUGAGACGGAGAAGAAGGCAUCCAGGCGGAAAAAGGACGGUGCAGACAACCAGGAGAACCGAGGGAAAGCGGAGGGCGGCAGCAAAGCCCGCAAGGAGAGGACGGCAUUCACCAAGGAGCAGCUGCGGGAGCUGGAGGCCGAGUUCGCUCACCACAACUACCUGACCCGGCUCCGGAGAUACGAGAUCGCUGUGAACCUGGAUCUGUCCGAGAGGCAGGUCAAAGUGUGGUUCCAGAACCGAAGGAUGAAGUGGAAGCGUGUGAAGGGGGGCCAGCCCAUCUCCCCUCACGGGCAGGACCCCGAGGAUGGGGACUCUGCAGCUUCUCCGAGUUCGGAGUGA